AUGGCACACAUCAAAACCUACGCUCGCCUAAAGCCGUCCAAAAAGGUGUACCCAGGCUACGAGGUGGACUCCAACACCUUAAGGAUUCAUAUUGUUGACAACAAGGAAUGCAUUUUCAUAGAUCCUCAACAAGUGGCCAACCGUGGAUGUUUGUCGUAUGAAGUUUCUUUUACAGAAAUAUUUAACCCUGCGUCAACUCAGGAAGAUGUCUUCAAUGUUGCUGCUAAGGAUAUCAUUCAAAAUUUUUUGAAUGGUUACAAUGGGACAAUAUUUGCUUACGGCCAAACAGGCACAGGGAAAACCUACACUGUGGAGGGCAACACACAUCAGUACUGUAGCCGAGGCCUGUCCACCAGAGCCCUAAGUAUGAUCUACCAGUAUCUGGCCAGACGUGUGGAUGAUCAUAUUUCUGUGUACCUGUCCUACCUAGAGAUUUAUCAGGAGGUUGCUUACGACUUACUCAACCCAACAUCCCGGCCUCCUGUUCCCAUACCUCCAUUUGCAAAGAAUAUAACUGUCUGUGAAGGACCUCAGGAGUCACCACUGCUGAGGGGCCUCACCUUGCAGCCGGCAGCCAAUGAAGAAAUUGCCCAGAUGCUCCUCCUGCAGGGCCAAGCCAACCGCAAGAUUUCCGAAACACCCACCAAUCAGCGGUCGUCACGUUCACACGCUGUGUUCACCGUCUAUUUGCAAGCACGCAAACACGACUCGAAAGUCACGUUAAAGUCAAAACUGCACCUUGUAGAUUUAGCCGGCUCCGAGCGUGUCUCUAAAACUGGAGCUGACGGGCAGCAGCUGACCGAAGCCAAGUCUAUCAAUCUGUCGCUGCAUCAUCUGGAGUCAGUCAUCAUUGCACUGCAGUCAGAUCGUGUCCUGAUUGCAAAUAGCCUUGCUGGAGAGGACAAGAGCAUGGAUGAUAAUCUGCCCACUCAGAGUCGAAGUGUUGUUUCAGUAACAUCAGGCCCUUCCAGUGAUGGUGGCAGGCCAUGUCGGUUUGUGCCCUAUAGGAACUCUCUUCUGACUAUGCUGCUGAAAGAUUCACUAGGUGGCAAUUGUCUGACUGCAAUGAUAGCCACAAUCUCCAUGGAGCCAGAGAACCUGGGGGAAUCCGUGUCAACCUGUCGCUUCGCCCAGCGGGUGGCACGCGUGGCCAAUAAUGCCAGGAGAAAUGAGGAAAUUGAUGACAAGGCUCUCAUCUCAAGACUCCGGCAGAAGAUUUCAUGCAUAAAACACGAAUUAGUCAAAUCUCAGGGAGAUUGGAGAUCACUGUACAGCUACGAUGAUCUGUCAGAUGUUCUGUCACGGGAUGACAAAGCCCAGUGUGCCAGGAUCAUGGAGGGCUUUCUGCAGGGUGACAUCCUCGACCCUGUGGCUGCAGGAAUUUGUGACCGCUACCGGUUCCUAGAAUGUCUGCAUUUGUUAAAGGAGCGGUGCCAACAGUCCCAGGCCGCCCUCACCCAGCUGCUCACAGGCCAUCGACAGAAGGCCAGCAGUCCAGGCCUGUUUUUUGAAGCCCUAACGGAAAGUUCUAGGGAUUAUAAUGGUGAUCAGAGGAUGUCAGAAGCAUUCCAGCUCGGCGAAUCAUUGGUGGCUGGCUAUCAAAGGCCAGCAGGUUUCACCACUUCUGAAGGAAGUAUGGACAUAUCAGAAGAGUUUUUUAGUGCCAGUGAUAAUAAUGGUGUGUGUGUGACCAACCCAGAAUGUUUUGUCCUGGAAAGGAAAGAAAGUGAAAGCAGCCACUCCCAAGAAUCAUAUUCAGAAGAAAAGUACCCAUUUAAGUCAUCGAGACUGAAAUUGAAGACAGAGGAGAACUCGGAGCAGACCAUUAGGAAUCCAGAACCAGAAAAUCCUCAUUCCAGGAAGCCAGAAGAACGUCAACAAACCAGGAAGCCAGAAGAAGAACAUCAACAUGCAAGAAAGCCCGAAGAAGAACAUCAAGAUGAUCAAGAACCAAUAGAAAAGCUGAAAAGUGACAUGCAGUAUCAGAGGCUUCUUGAAACCGAGAGCAGCUUUAGAUUGAAGCUGAAAGUCCUAGAGCAACAGCUGCUCGACCACCAAGCAUACAUCCAGUGGCUGAGGAACAACAAAGCUGACCCUUCCCAUAUUGCUAAGGAACUCUAUGUUGAGAGGAACCAGCUAAAAAUCCAGGCCAGAUUUCAAGAGAAACUAAACAAACUGCUGGAUAAAAAGGCCAAACUGAUGUACAGCAUUUCAUUAGAGAGGCAAAAGAGUCCCUUCAUUCGACAGUGCUGCAAAAAAAGUUCGUACUGUGACAAAAAUAGUCCAUGUAAUAUGAAAUGUAAAACUGGCUGCUGUAAGCAGAUAACUCCAAGGAACAGCAAUGACAAGUCAGCAUUAAGAAUUAAAGACUUGACUUUCAAGGUGGCGGCCUCACUAAACAGGUGUGGAGACCUCAAGGAAACCUCUCCAUUACCUGCUGAUGUACAGCUGCAAAAGGAUAAAGGGAGAUAUCACCCCACAGACGAUGACCUUACUCCAACAGUAAGAGAAGAAUAUUCUGGUAAUGAGUUGCGGGGGAAAACACCAAAGAUAUCAAAUCAGCAAAUCAGUCAGGAGGUGCAGACAUGUCCAGAUUUAUCAAGACAAUAUUCUGGUCAAGAAUUGCAGCAAAAGACUUCAAAGAUAUCAAAUCAACGUCAGAAACAUCUUCCAGCAUUGUCCAGACAAGAACUGCGGCAAAAGGCUCCGAAAAUAUCAAAUAAAAAUACUGACAAAGACCAGGAAGCGACCCCAGGGAUGUUCAUUCAGCAGCAAGAUCAACAGGCGCAGGCUCCACCAAUAGCGAAACAACACACUGAGAAAGCUCACAGUCAGAAGAUCUCGGAUCACAUUGCUGAUCUUCACCAGCUCCUAACAUCUCCUAGAAUAUCAAAGCAGGCUGACUGGGAAUUACAACAGCGGACUCCUGAAGUGGCCAAACCACCAGGAAAUCAUGAAAAGUUAUCCCCAAGGCUAUCAAAACACCAAGUCCGUCCUGAAUUUCAACAGUUGACUCCAGAGAUACUGAAACAACAUGCUGAUCAAGAAUUGCAACAUAUUUUUUCCAAGCUGCAAACUGACAAGGAACUGCAACAGAAUUUAAAAACACUCUCGCCAACUACUGUUGAACCACGGCAAAAAUCUCCAAGGAUGACCAGACAGUAUGCUGAUCGCAUGUGGCUGCAAAAUACAAAGAUGUCCCGACCAAAUCCUGACCGAAUGAAGCACCAGGAUUCUCAAAUUAUACCCAAAGAGUGUGCAGAUCACAAGACACAGAGCGGUCCAGAUUACGAAAAGCCAUGCAUUGCCAUUGAAGCUCCUCAAAACAGCAGAAGCAAGUUAGCAGAAAAAGUAGUAGUUAGUGGCAGGCCAGUUCAUGACCCAAAAUUUACCAUAUCAGUUGUGGUGGACAAGGGGGAAAGAAAUAUUGCCAAAGUGGAGUCCAUUUCGGAAGAGUCACAGAGCACAGAGAAGCAGGUGAACGCCAUAGAGGACUACAUGGUUGUGGAUUAG